CGGGCGGCGCGCUCCCGUGAACUAAUUCAUUGUAUCGGAUAGAGACGGAGGAAGCUGCAGCGAGAGACUCGGCUGGUCGGCGAAGCAACUCUGCUCUGAGAAAACGCUGAAAAAAACCCUACUGCUCGGCACAUAAACUGAAGGGAUGGCAGCCAUCCGUAAGAAGCUGGUCAUAGUGGGGGAUGGAGCUUGUGGGAAGACAUGUCUCCUGAUCGUCUUCAGCAAGGACCAGUUCCCUGAAGUCUACGUUCCCACCGUGUUUGAGAACUACGUCGCUGACAUCGAGGUGGACGGCAAACAGGUGGAGUUGGCUCUCUGGGACACGGCUGGUCAGGAGGACUACGACAGGCUGAGGCCUCUCUCCUAUCCAGACACUGACGUCAUCCUCAUGUGCUUCUCCAUAGACAGCCCCGACAGCUUGGAAAACAUUCCAGAGAAGUGGACCCCAGAGGUGAAACACUUCUGUCCAAACGUUCCCAUCAUCCUGGUGGGAAACAAGAAAGACCUGCGCAACGACGAGCACACACGCCGAGAGCUGGCCAAGAUGAAACAGGAGCCAGUGAAGUCAGAGGAGGGUCGGGAGAUGGCCGGACGGAUCGCAGCGUUCGGCUACAUGGAGUGCUCCGCUAAGACCAAGGAUGGCGUGCGGGAGGUGUUUGAGAUGGCCACCAGGGCGGCGCUGCAGGCUCGCCGUGGAAAGAAGAGCAAUAAAUGUGUGCUGCUGUAAAAUGGCCGACAUUUGGACUGUUUUUCGCCCCGGGUCGCUGUACCUGGGUGAUAGGGCUCGGGAGGGAUUACUAAAGAUGACAGAGGGAGGGUGGGAGGGGACGAGGAAAAAAGAGUGCAGUAAAUGACUACCGCUGUAAACUGGCUGUUUGUUGGACUGAAUUCACCCUGGGACUCGGGUUUGGGAAGCUUUGGGUGGGCGGGCGGACGGGGGAAGGAGGGAGCACAGUGAACAACUACCGCUGUAAACCGUUGGGCUCUUUACCAUCAGGGUGGGAAAAUUACACCAGCCCAAAAAAUGUCUGUUCAACAAGCCACUUACACUGAUAGCGAUCAUUAUUAGGAGAUUCUGGUCCUUUGGGGGAAAAAAGAAAGGAAAAAAAAUGUAGCUGGUAAAGUUGCUCAUGGGGUUCUCUGGUGACUGUCUUCAGUGUGGAUGACAUUAAAAAAGGUUUAAUUUCCUACCUGGAUGACUUGACAGACAGCACAGUAAAUGAGUACCACUGUAAACCAGUGGACUCUUUAGCCCCAGGUUCAGGCCUGGGAUUAGGACUAGUGGUGGUGUGGAGUUGGGACAGGUGAAGGGAUGGGAAGAGUUAAUCCCAAAACAUGAGAAAAUACACCAAACCACAGCAGCACUUCCUAGUUCUGCACUUUUAUCCAACUUUAGUAGACAAACCACCGAUAACAACAACUGCUCUUGACAGUGCUUUGAGCAGAUUCGAGCUUCAUCAGCAUUUUAGCUUAAAAAACCAUCCAGCGUGUUAAAGGAGCGCUCACAUGCCGUCAGGUGCGUGGGCCUUGUGUGUUGUAUUGUCAGAGAGGUGCGCUGUGGGUAAUCCAGAGCUUACAGACAAACACAUGGAGCUCUGAUCUCACUGAGAUAAUCUGUUACAGUCACCUGAUACGGAGUGCUUUAUUAAUUGCAACUGGUGUGCACGUCAAGCUGUCCUUGUGCAGUUUUUUUUGUUAGAAUUAGAUUGAAACAGUGGACAGUUUUACCACAGCAGUGUUUACUUCCUCAGUAGCCAGGCUGCACAUGUUAAUCUUCACUGCCGCUGGUUUGUCUACUUCAGGAGGUUUAUUGAAAAUGAGAACUUGUUCUCAGUUAACUCACCUGGUAAAAUAAAGGUUAAAUAAGAAUAUCUGACGGCUCUUUACCAGUUCAAACUCUCUGGACUGAAUCAGUGGAAGUGGCAGGUGAAUUUGAGUAGCUUCCUGUCCUGCAUAGUAAACCCAAACGGACCGCCGUGGCUCCCAUCCCUUCCUGGUCCUCAUAGCUGACUGCUGGUGCUCAUCUUCCCCUGGUUUUAGACCCGGAUGAAGAACAAGGAGAAGAGAGUGUUUGUUUACAUGCACACCACUGAUCCUCUUUAUUUGGGACUGAAUAUUUUGUGUGUGUGUGUAGGCAUGUGUAAAGGUCAUCUAGUACCAAAAGUAAUUCAUUUUUAAGUUAAAGGUGCCUGGGUUAGACCAUCUGGUGGCUGCUACAAACUUGAUCUUUUUAUCCAGUCCUGCGUUUAAAAAAAUACCAGUUUUGUCAGGAUAGAUAUUGUACAGAAACCUGCACCGCUAAUGCAGUGAAAAUUAACCACCUGCUGUUCAUUUUAGGGUGUUUUUAAUGUGUUUUCUUAAAAAAUGUUUAAAAAUGGCAUGUGCGUCCAGUCAGUAAUUGGAUUUAUCAGCCACCAGCCUUUUCCUGACAUUUCUGUGCGUUUUGCAGUGGGUUUGGACUCUCUUGACGGCGUUUUUAGCCUCCUGUUCUUCUUCCUGGUCUGCAGGGAGGAGCCUGUUCCAGAAACCAGUCUUGUGUUGUUGUUUUUAUACUUUAUUUCCAGCUUUUUAUUCUUUUUUUUUUUUUUUUUUUUUAAGAAAAAAGUCAAACAUGUUGUCUAUCAGUAUUUAAAAAUAAAAAUAGGAGGUGGAAGACUAGGGAAUUACUUGUGUCAUUGCUUUAGUUUUUUCUGCUCUUUGUGCUUUACCUGAAUUUUCUUCCGAUGAUUUAUACUCGGUUGUAACGACCUCCCUCAAUCAUCCCUGCCAAAUGCUGUUGUUAGGCAGUCAGGAGAAAGGCUGGCCUCUCGGCUGCCUGUCUGGAGCAUCGCUAGGACCACAAGUGCUGACUGUUUUUUCUUUUUUUUCCUGUUUGUUUGAUUGAAAGGAAAAACCCCCAAAAAGGAACACGGUCUCCUUUUUGAUGUUCAAAUCAUGAUUAUUUCUAGUUUUUAUUAUUUUUAACAAUUUUGGAAGCAGUAAACAAAGGAACAGGAAAAAAAAACAAAAAACAAAGCUGUAUGCAAAGUCUGUAAAUAUAAAAUGUGGGUUUGUUCAUACUAGACUAUACACACACGCACAUGACUGGAAACUAUUUGUAAACUAGCUUUGGUUUGUGUAAUAAAUUACUUUCUAUAACA